AUCGGGGUGCUCGGACAAAGGCUGAACAUAUAUAGAUGGAGGUCAACGAAGGACUGAGGUAUUUUGGUUUGGUGCUAGACGAGAUGAAGUUCCACGUGCUUCUCUUGGCCCUGCUGCAGUCUCUGGGAUGCUCAGGUGUCCCACUGUACAACUCUGAACUGGAGGCUUUGGCAAACAGGGGGCUUGGAGCAGCUCUGGCUGAGGUCAACUCUGUGUAUGCUGUCAACCAUCUCUACCGGGUAACUCGAGGCUCUGUCAAAAGGGUUAUACCCGUGGGCAUGAACACUGCUGACCUGGUGAUGGUAUUUGGCAUUAAAGAGACAGAGUGUGUGAAGGCUUCCAGAAACGACCCACAGACAUGUGCCUUCAGACCUGGCUUCUUUGUGCCAUCCUUGUCCUGCUCCAGUCGGGUUCGAAUGUCGGCCACCUCAACCCAGGUGCUUUCUCUCAGAUGCGGCCACGACUCGAGCUCCAGCUCAGAGUCCAGUGAGGAGAAGUUCUCAAGAGGGAGACACCAGUUCGACCUCUCAUUUGCAAGUAGAGUCCCGGCACCUGCUCCGACUCCUCCACCCGUCCAGCCUGGUCGCUCUCUCCACAGCCUGGCAGCGGAAGUCUGGACCAACUCCCUGGAGUGAAAGUUCAGCUCAUUCUGGAAAAAUUCAGGUGCUGAUCAGAGGACAAACUUGAAUUAAAAAAUGGAAUUUGCACCCUUA